UAGCAGCACUAGCAGCAGGCUCCCCCACUCUCAGCCUAACAACAACGCGCUGCUUUUUGCAACCGUAGCGUAGUGUAGAGUCUCUCCCUCUUUUUUAGAGGCUAUACACAGCAAAGAUUCGGGCUUUAGGUUAUGCUUUCACGUCGUCGGCAACUAAUUCAGCGACCAAAGUCGUAUCUGUGCAUUGUAAAUAUCGAAAACGCUUGACGAGACAGGUUGACGGCUCGCGCGCGCUAAUAAUUUCGCCGCUACGAUACAAAAAUACUGCAUUCGCUCGACUGGACCUGCACGAUUUAAGAAACAGGACGAAUUGUGUUACUACAUGCAUACGUGUUAUACGUUGGGCUUUUUCUGUUGUACUUAAUGCGUGUAUGAGUAGCGUCUACGAGUGCGAUUCUAGGCUUCGUUGUGCGAAAAAUGAAGGUUUUACGUUCCGAAACUCGAGUUUGAUGAAUUUGAGACUAUAAUAAAGUUCAACGAUAUAGCGAACAAUGGCGAGUCCACCUGAACAACUUUCGCCGUUGACGCCAUCCACUUCUGUUAAUCAGGACAGCCCAAUGGGUAUUUUGAACCAGCAACCUAGUCCGGUGUCGAUCCAACAACAACAACAGCAGCAGCAGCAACUUACUUUUAAUGUGACUGCAAAUCAACAGCAGACUUUGACAAUGACUCUGAAUCAGUUGACAAGUGCACCUCAACAAAGCCCAAGCCCUCAGAGUUUUGAUAGUCAAUCAGCUAAUCAAACCUCGUUGAUGCAACAAUCAGCACAGCCACAGUUCAUACAGAUGCCUGUUAUGGCUCACAAUAACCAUAAUUCCGUAGUUCAACAGCCUGUGGGAAAUUUAAAACAAGAUGGACAAAUUCACAAUAUUCAAUUAGAUCAAAAUGGACAGUGCGAUACUCCACCCCUACCAGGAUCAUCUUUGCAAGGUCAAAUUACAUUGAGUACAGGCAAUCAAUCACAACCUACAAGCAAUGGUUCAUCCUCAAUGAUCAAUGGUUCAAUUGAUUCUCCUUUAUCCAAUGGAUCUUCAAACCUUUCAAAUCCUAAUAAAAAAUCAGAUUACCAAUCAUUACUUAAAGCGAUUCAAGUAAUGGAAGAAAAAGGAUUACAAGAAGAUCCAAGAUAUUUUCAACUUUUAGCAUUAAAAGAACGUCAUUUCGAAAACCCUGUAGAAAACAAGCAGUCAUUAAACAGCCAACAGAUUCAUCAGCUACGAGCUCAAAUAAUGGCAUAUCGAGUUUUAGCACGUAAUCAACCUCUCACUCAAAGUCAAAUUGCUGCUGUGCAAGGUAUUAAAACUGAAACAAGCUCAACUGUAAAUCAACCACCAAAUGGAAUAACAGGUCCACCGAAGCCAGGGCAAGGUCCUCCACAAGUAGGAAUUUUUACAAAGAAUAAACUAGCACCUUCAGGUAAACCCGCUCCUGUUGAUCCACUAGUCAUAAUUCAAGAAAGAGAAAACCGAGUUGCAUCAAGAAUAGCUCUGCGUAUGGAACAACUCAAUUACCUGCCUACUAAUAUGCCUGAAGAUCUUCGUACUCAAGCCCAAAUUGAGCUUGGAAUGCUUAGGGUCUUAAAUUUCCAAAGACAACUUAGAAGUGAAAUUAUAGCUUGUACUCGCAGAGAUACUACUCUUGAAACAGCCGUUAAUGUUAAGACAAAUAAACGAUCUAAGCGUCAAGGACUUCGAGAAGCUAGAGCUACAGAGAAACUCGAGAAACAGCAGAAGUUGGAAGCAGAAAGAAAAAAGCGUCAAAAACACCAAGAAUUCCUCAGUUGUGUGUUGCAGCAUAGUAAAGAUUUCAAAGAAUUUCACAGAAAUAAUGUUGCACGAAUGGGUCGAAUUAAUAAAGCUAUUCUUACUCAUCAUGCUAACGCAGAAAGAGAACAGAAGAAAGAACAAGAAAGGAUAGAAAAAGAACGUAUGCGUCGUCUUAUGGCUGAAGAUGAAGAGGGUUACAGAAAACUUAUUGAUCAAAAGAAAGAUAAACGUCUAGCGUUCCUUCUAUCACAAACUGAUGAGUAUAUAUGUAAUUUAACUGAGAUGGUUAAACAACACAAAAUGGAACAGAAAAAGAAACAAGUUGAAGCAGAAAAGAGAAAGAAAAAGAAGAAAAGAUAUCAGGAUGGUGAAUUAGGAGAUGGUGAAGAUGAGAAUAGUCGGGUUAGUGUGGUAGAAAUAGCCACUGGUCGAACUCUGAGUGGUGAAGAUGCUCCAACAGUUGCUCAACUCAAUUCGUUUUUGGAAUCUCAUCCUGGUUGGGAACCAAUGGAAUCUGACAGUGAAUAUGAAGAUGAUGAAGAUGAAGACAGUAAUGAAGAGAAGAAAAUGAGAGAUAAUGAAGCUGAAGAAGAAGAGGAGAAAGUCAAGAAAACCAUUCAGAAAGCUAAAGUUGAAGAUGAUGAGUACAAAACUGAAGAACAAACUUAUUAUAAUAUUGCUCACACUAUCAAUGAAACAGUUACCCAGCAAGCAUCUAUAAUGGUUAAUGGAAAACUAAAAGAAUAUCAAAUUAGAGGUCUUGAAUGGAUGGUUUCAUUAUUUAAUAACAAUCUUAAUGGUAUUUUAGCUGAUGAGAUGGGUCUGGGUAAAACAAUUCAAACUAUAUCUUUGAUAACUUAUCUCAUGGAGAAAAAGAGAGUGAAUGGCCCGUUUCUUAUUAUUGUUCCGUUAUCUACUCUUUCAAAUUGGAUGCUCGAAUUUGAAAAAUGGGCUCCAAGUGUUGUUGUUGUUUCGUAUAAGGGGUCUCCAGCUGGCAGAAGAGCGAUACAAUCUCAAAUGCGUGCCACUAAGUUCAAUGUACUACUGACUACUUAUGAGUACAUUAUAAAAGACAAAAGUGUCUUGGCCAAGUUACAAUGGAAAUACAUGAUUAUUGAUGAGGGUCACAGAAUGAAAAAUCAUCACUGUAAAUUAACUCAAGUUCUGAAUACACAUUAUCUGGCAUCUCAUCGUCUACUUCUAACUGGAACACCGUUGCAAAACAAACUUCCAGAGCUUUGGGCGCUGUUAAAUUUCUUACUUCCAUCGAUCUUUAAGUCGUGCAGUACUUUCGAGCAGUGGUUCAACGCACCUUUCGCGACCACCGGUGAAAAAGUCGAGCUUAACGAAGAAGAGACGAUACUUAUUAUUCGGCGUUUACAUAAAGUUUUGCGUCCUUUCCUGCUGAGACGUCUCAAGAAAGAAGUCGAGUCUCAGCUGCCUGACAAAGUAGAGUAUAUAAUUAAGUGUGAUAUGUCUGGGUUACAAAAAGUUCUUUACAAACAUAUGCAAAGUAAAGGUAUUUUGCUUACUGAUGGAUCAGAAAAGGGUAAACGUGGAAAAGGUGGUGCAAAGGCUUUAAUGAACACAAUUGUACAACUCCGCAAACUUUGUAAUCACCCUUUCAUGUUCCAAGCUAUUGAAGAAAAAUAUUGUGAACAUAAAGGUAUUCCAGGAGGUGGUCUCAUAAGUGGACCAGAUCUAUACAGAGUAUCUGGCAAAUUUGAGCUUUUAGAUAGAAUUUUACCAAAAUUGAAAGCUACAAAUCAUAGAGUAUUAUUGUUUUGUCAAAUGACCCAGUUGAUGACCAUUAUGGAAGAUUAUUUAAAUUGGCGUCAAUUUAAAUAUCUUAGAUUGGAUGGUACUACAAAAUCCGAAGACAGAGGUGAUCUUUUGAAAAAAUUCAAUGAUCCAGGAUCAGAUUAUUUCCUAUUUAUUCUGUCUACUCGUGCUGGAGGUCUUGGGUUAAAUCUACAAGCUGCGGACACUGUUAUUAUCUUUGAUUCAGAUUGGAAUCCUCAUCAAGAUUUGCAGGCUCAAGACAGAGCUCAUCGAAUUGGUCAGAAAAAUGAAGUACGAGUAUUACGAUUAAUGACUGUGAAUUCAGUUGAAGAGAGAAUUUUAGCUGCUGCCAGAUACAAGCUCAAUAUGGACGAAAAAGUCAUCCAAGCUGGUAUGUUCGAUCAGAAAUCUACGGGCUCCGAGCGUCAGCAAUUCCUUCAAACGAUUUUGCAUCAAGAUGACGCUGACGACGAGGAAGAAAAUGAAGUACCCGAUGACGAGACUGUGAACCAAAUGAUUGCCAGGUCUGAAGGCGAAUUUGAAUCUUUCCAAAAACUCGAUACAGAAAGAAGACAGCAAGAAGCUGCGAUGGGAAUCAGGACGCGUCUACUCGACGAAAGCGAACUUCCAGAAUGGCUUACUCAAGAUGAAGAAGACGUUGAGAAAUGGGCCUACGAAGAAGAUGAAGAUAAAGUGGUAUUUGGACGUGGUUCGAGACAACGAAAGGAAGUCGACUACACCAAUAGCCUUACUGAAAAAGAGUGGCUCGAAGCGAUUGGGGAAGAAGUCGAAGGUGGCGAGGAAGAAGAGGACAACGAUAGAAGAAAUAAGAAGGGAUCGAGAAAACGAAAGAGGAAAGGCGACGAAGACGAUGAUCUGAUGCCGAAGAAAAGGAAAAAUUUGAUCGAUCCAAAACUGAAAAAGUGUAUGAAAAAGAUCAUCAGCUGCGUUAUAUCUUACAAUGACACACCCGACGGUCGUGCAGUGAGCGAAAUAUUUAUGGAUCUACCGCCUCGUCGUGACUUCCCGGAUUAUUACGAAAUCAUCAAGAAGCCACUCUGCAUAAACAAGAUACUGCAAAAGAUAGACGACGGCAAGUAUCCGGAUUUGGACGAACUCGAAAAGGACUUUACGCAGCUAUGCAAAAACGCUCAGAUCUACAACGAAGAAAAGUCAAUGGUCUACGAGAACUCGCUCGUUCUGGAGAAGAUCUUUGAAAACGCACGCAAAAAGCUAGAGGCAAAGUUCUUGGCGGAUAAGGCCGAACGCGAGGCCAGGGAAGCGUCCCACAUUGCGGCCGUCGAGGCGACCGGCAGCAACGACGACACGACCGAUCCGAGCGUGAAGAUGCGCAUCAAGCUGAAAAGUCGUAAGAGCGAAGCCACGCAGAGUACAAGCGCGCCCAGCACGAGUCGUGGUGGUCGGAGAAAGAAAGCAGCCAAAAAGUUUAUGUUCGAUGACGACGAUGAAGACGACGAGCCCGUCAAUCCGUUGGUGAUCGCCGGGGACAACUGACAGGAGGAGUCCGAGUCGACUGUUGAGGAAUCUGAAAUGCCAUCGUGAAACGCCUCUGCCUCGGCUCUAGACUGUUUUAGCUAUUAAGCUGAGUAUAUUUUUUUUUUUAGGAAAACUAAACGAAAUCGUUUCAUUUCGUCGAGCAUUGAUCUAAUUAUUGUAUAGCCGAGCUAUUGCAUUUCAAAUCGUCAAUAGAUAAGACUCAAGAAUAAAACUUGUAAAAUAUAUUUUGUAACGAAGAAAAAACAAAUAAUUAAGAGUGUUAAAAAUUUAUUAUUAACUAUUGGUUGUUCCAAAUAGAUGAAGUAGUAUGUACGUAUUUGAUACUUUCUAUAAAUUUCAUUGUGUUUGACUAAUCAACUUAGUGUAUUAAGUUGACAAGUUUCCAAAACCGUGUGAGACGGUUUCUUUUUGUAAUAAAUGAUAAUGUACAUAUUAAACCAAAAUAAAAAUGCUAUU